AUGUUGCAUGGCGCAAUAGACCACGUGGAGAACACACCCGCCGUCGUCGCAGCAAAAACGCAACGGAAACCAUGUGGAGUUGGCCGUUAUUUUGUGCUUGUGAUUUAUGUUAUUUACGCAUUUUUGACCGCUCGCGUGUACUUCGCCUGGCCAAACCUCUCAAACUUGCUCUUCAGGUCGGACGCCUACUCGUGGUUGUGCGACCAGUACCUGGCGGAAGGAAACCCGGAUAUGAGAGAUCCAGUACAUGGGGGGAAGCGGUACAUAUGCGAAGCCCAGAACUCAGCAGUUGGAAAUAUAUUUGUAACUUGUUUGGCAUUUGCUUUUUCCUUUUCUCUAGCUGCUGGACUGCUGCUAGAUUACCUGGGGCCGCGCAUAACAGCGGCAAUAGGUCAACUCAUGAAUGCACUCGCCUGGGUACUGCUUGCUUUCGGGUCUGAGUCAACACAAACUUACAUUGCGGCAUUCAUAUUUAUGGGGAUAGGAUCAGACAUAGGAUACUUACCGCUUCUCUCUUCAGCUAACCUCUUCCCUGGACACGAAGGGCUAAUUGUUGCCAUACUCGGGGCGUCCAAGAGUGCCAGUUUCGCCGUACCGACAAUCUUAGACAAAAUAGAGGUUGCUAAUCCGGGCAUUGGUUUGAGGGAAGUGUGCCUAGGAUACGCACUAGUGGGACCAGGUUUGUGCUUUAUCGUGUCCUUAUUCUUGGUCCCCUAUAAGCAUUUCAAGCCAUGGAACGAAUUCACCGAGAUGGAGCAGGGGGGCGAUUAUCACCACCCUAUCCAGAGGGUCAACGACUCGUUCGCUUCCAUAGAAGCCCAUGCAUGGCGAGACAGCUUCAGCAGCUUUCAUGAAGGUCAGUGGCCGCUGUAUGCACAUGACGGACAUUCGGGAGCCACUUCAUCCGAACCAGGUCGCAAGAACAAAAAUGUCCUAGAUGUUCCUCGACAGGGCGCUACCAAAGGACAGGGAAAGAAGACCAGGUCUGAAUGUGGCGGAGCAGACGAAGAGAAGAGAACUCAGGAUGACAAACAAAAUAAAAGUGGGAUCAGCCCGCCCAUUGUCAGUCAAACGGAAGAGGUGCCCGCCAUUUACCAAGCAACCCGGAUGAGUGUUGCAACAGGUGCAGGUAAUGCAGAGACAUUGGACCAGCUGGCUGCAGAGAGAGAAGAAAAGCCAGCUUCGUUCAUUAAACAAUUCACGUCACCGUAUGCCAUUUGUAUAGUGGUUUACUCUAUCAUUAAGGCCAUCAUGUAUGCCUUCUUCACCACAGCAGCUGAAAAUCUACUCGGAAAGGAGGUUAACGACUUCAUGGGAGCUGCAUUACCUUUCUCGCUCUUCCCGUGCAUUGUAAUAGGCAAAGUCGUCGACAUGGUUGGCAUCAUGCCCAUUUUGUUUUUCCUGAAUACCUGCAUAACCCUGGCCUCACAGAGCUACUGUUUCGUGUCGGACACAUUCUCGUCCUCUCACUUCGGAAAGAUUGUGGGGACCAUCCACUUGCUAGCAGGGUUCCUUUCGCUGUUAAAAAUUCCUAUGCAGAAGCUCGUUGUGGAGGUUUUCCAUUCUGUCUAUUAUUACCCUUGUCUAAUCAUGUUGGUGCUGUGUGGCAUCAACUUCCUCGUGCUGCUGCUGCUCUGGUGUAAGAAGCGCGCGGAUCCACAUCCCUUCUGGCCACAAGCAGCUCGGGACAUGGCCAAGCUGGAAGCAGAGGAGAAGAGGAGGGCUGCACAGGAGAAGAAGGAGCAGAAAGCGAAGGCAAAGAGAGAGAAGGAGGGUCGCCCGGAGCUGAGGAACCAGGAUACCGACGUAUGA